CCAUAGCUCGCGAACAAAGAUGUUGCUGUUUUGUCUUCUGUUCCAUCUUUAUUUCCUGUUGGUGUCGGGUGGUGAUCCCGUACCAGACGAUUGUUUGGCCUGCAUAUGUCAAGUUGAAUCUGGUUGUAAGAUGCCAAACCCGGUUUGUCAAGAUGAUGUAGGCUCUUUAUCCUGUGGUCCUUAUCAAAUCAAGGAAGCAUACUGGCUGGAUGCUACACUUUAUGGUGGAUCCCUCAUGGGAUCGUGGAAGGCAUGUACUGCUGACUGGGAAUGCAGCGAGGAAGCCGUGCAGGGCUAUAUGAAACGCUACGCCACAGAACAGCGACUUGGAUUUGCACCAGGAUGUGAGCAGUUUUCACGGAUCCAUAACGGCGGUCCUAACGGUUACCUGUACUCGAGCACAGACGCCCACUGGAACAAAGUGAAUGACUGCAUGCAGAGUAGUGUUUAUAUUGAACCUUGCUUGGAAUAAGAAAGAUGUGAUAGUUUUGAAUAUAACUUAAAAAUGGAUAGAUACAUACCAAACGGUGUUAUCAACAUAGACCAAUGGGAAUAGAUCACUGUGGUUGCAGAUCAAAGGUGUAAAGACUUACUGCCAAUUCACCAUUUGGAUAAAAAAAUAUUCAAACCAGGUCAAAGAGAGAAUAGAUAAAAAUAUAUAUUUCAGUUGUCACCUUUUAAAAUGACAUGUAAUGUAAUUGUUAAUCAUCAUCGCGCAAAUCUUUAUUUCAAUCAAUCAAAAUAGUAAUUU